AUGUCGCAGAAGUACAACAGCCACAUCCUGGUGAUGGAGGACCGAGGGACUAACGGGUCUCCUGAGUCUACCGGUACCGCCAUGUCUCCUCACGGUUCAACCAUUAGUUUCCAUAACAUCCACUAUAAGGUGACGAAGAGGAGCGGCUGUCUGUGUAUGAAGAGGAAGACUACCACCAAAGACAUUCUCAUAGAUCUGAACGGGCUGAUGAAACCAGGGCUGAACGCUAUCAUGGGGGCCACAGGAAGCGGGAAGUCAUCGUUUCUGGAUGUGCUGGCAGCCAGGAAGGACCCAGCAGGUCUGGCUGGAGAGGUGUUGAUAGACGGAGCUCCUCAACCUCCCAACUUCAAAUGUCUCUCAGGAUAUGUGGUCCAGGAUGAUGUGGUGAUGGGGACUCUGACUGUGAGGGAGAACUUCCGUUUCUCUGCUGCGUUGCGUCUCCCGUCCUCCGUCAGCCAGAAGGAGAAGGAGGACAAAGUCAACCGACUCAUCACAGAACUGGGCCUCACUAAAGUAGCAGACUCACGGGUUGGUACCCAGUUGAUCAGGGGUAUAUCAGGAGGGGAAAGGAAGAGGACAAACAUCGGUAUGGAACUGAUCAUCGACCCUCCUGUUCUCUUUCUGGAUGAACCCACAACCGGCCUGGACGCUAGCACAGCUAACUCUGUACUACUACUGCUCAAGAGGAUGUCUAGUCAUGGCCGUACCAUCAUCCUGUCUAUCCACCAGCCUCGUUAUUCCAUCUACCGUCUGUUUGACAGUCUGACUCUGCUGGUUAGCGGUAAACAGGUUUACCACGGCCCCGCUCAGAGGGCUCUGGACUACUUCUCUAACAUCGGGUACACUUGUGAACCCCACAACAACCCGGCUGACUUCUUCCUGGAUGUGAUCAAUGGAGAUUCUACCGCAAUCGCCUUCGACAGGAUAAAGGCAGCAGACGACUCAGACCCAGACAGGGUAACCAGUUCCAGGCAGAACAUCGAGGACCAUCUGGUCCAGGAGUACCGGGGGAGUCAGUUCUAUGGAGAGACCAAGGCCCAGUUAGAACGCAUCACCAUGAACAGAGAGUACAGUGUGAAGACUCCCUCUCGGACCAUCACGUACAACACCUCCUUCUCUACUCAGUUCAGAUGGGUCCUGAAGAGAACCUUUACUAACCUCAUCCUCAACCCUCAGACAUCCUUCGCUCAGAUUGGAGUGACUGUAUUCCUGGCCCUCGUCGUUGGGGCAAUAUUCUUUGGAGUGAAGAAUGACCAGAGUGGCUUACAGAACAGGAUGGGUGCUCUUUUCUUCAUCACCACCAAUCAGUGUUUCAGUUCCCUGUCUUCUGCUGAGCUCUUCAUCACCGAGAGGAAACUGUUCAUUCAUGAGUACAUCAGCGGUUACUACAGAGUAUCAGUCUACUUCCUGUGUAAGUUACUCAGUGAAAUCAUCACCUUAAGGACGCUCCCUGCCAUCUUCUUCAGCUGUGUGGCUUACUUCAUGAUCGGGUAUAAAGCUACAGUGGAGGCCUUCUUCGUGUUCAUGUUGACCGUAGCUCUGGUAGCCUAUACAGCUACUGCAAUGACCAUGGCUAUUUCAGCUGACCAGAGUGUUGUGGCGAUCGCCAACAUCUUCAUGACCAUAUCCUUCGUCUUCAUGAUGAUCUUCUCAGGCCUGUUGGUGAACCUGCCCAGUGUUGUUGAGUGGCUAGCCUGGUUCCAGUACCUCAGCAUCCCUCGGUACGGACUAACAGCUCUCCAGAUUAAUGACUUUGUAGGUCUCCAUUUCUACGCAGGCAUUCCCCUCAACAGCACCCGGACCCCUGGGUAAGUGAUA